CGUGGUCGAGUCUGCGGGCAGUGUAGGCGAAAAGUGUGACGAUUCGAGCACAUCUAUCAUCCGUAUAGAUAGAUUCUUAUAAGUAUUUUCAACGGUCGAAUACAUACCAAGAAAACAUAUAUCGAAAAUUCCAAAUUAAUUGGAUUCUGCAAUUUUCAUUUUGCACGGAUCGACCCAUCCAUUGAGGCACUAUAAAAAGAAAUUGCAACCCGAAAGUGAUAUAAUUACAUCGAGAAUAUUUGUGCUUUGGAUGGGGAAAAUGAAAAUAUGAACCAGUUAUAAAUAGAUGACUUGAGCGAGAGCUAGCCCACAGAUAGACAGAGAAAGUAGCACACACACUGGACAUGGACGUGGAGCAGGCAGCCGCUGCUGCUGCCGCUGCCGCUGCCGCUGCCGAGGCCAGACAGCACCAGCGCCAUCGCCGCCGCCUGGGACGCAGUCAGCGCGAGCAGACACCCGUCACACAGCGCCAGCGGGAGGGGGAGGAUUCUGGCCCUGAUCCCUCUCCGCAGAUGGUGCGCAUGCAGAUACGUCCGCCGGGCACGUUGUCCGCACACGAGAGCAAGAUCCUGCGUCGCAGGGACAAGACUUUUGCCAGUUCCGCGAGCAGAAGCCAAUCCCAGCCACGCGAGGCCGAAAAGCUGAGCAGUCCGGAUGCAGUGCAGCUGAUCAAGCACCGCAGCCUGUCCUCGCCCCGCCACAAGGAGGAAUCCAGCGAGAGUGAGCUGACCACGGGCAGCUCCUACACAGCCGCAAACCCGAUGCCCAUCAGUGGUGACACGCUCAGUCGACUGGAGCAGAACCUGCAACGGUUCGAGGACGAGCGGAGGCGGUUCGAGGCCGAGAAACGGCUCUUUGAGCGGGAGAAGCGGGAGCACAAGCAGCGCCAUCGCCAGCAGCUGGACAACGAGGAGCGAAAGCGACUGCUCCAGAACUACCGAAAGCUCAGCGACCGCAUUCAGCUGCCUCAGGACGAGGAGGAGCGUCGUCGGCUCAUACACAGUCUGCGGCUGCAGCGGAAAGAGGCGCCACAGGUGCGCAGUCGGAAUCGCAGCAGCGGCUACGAGGAGUCAUCCACGCAGUUCAGCUCAUCCGAAGCGGAUGUGGCAGAGGAGAUACCCACGCAAAGGCCCAUACGGCCGCCACAGGGUUAUGUGGCUGCGCCCAUUCGAGGAGCUCCACCUCCGCCCCCGUUGGCUGUCCUCAAGCCGGAGGAACGACGAUCUGUUAAUCGGAACAACUCGCUGUCGCCGGUGCGUCCACAACGGCGCUCCAAGACGCCCGAGCAACGGGCGGAGAUCAGUCGCAAGGACGAAUAUGUCGAGGUGGGGGAGUCUCAGACAGAUUCGAUUAGAGCGCGGCCCUCGGAGGCGGAGCAGCAAUCGGAACUGAUGCAGAAGUACAUGGAGGCAGCGGAGAGAGCGGCCAAAGCAGAGGCAGCCUUGGCCCAGAGCCUGUCGGGGGAGGGAGUGCGAAGAAGUGCCAGUCUGCGUGUAGCCGAUAUGGAGCCAGUACGCAAGGUGGAGGGCAAACGCAGCUCUAGCCUAGAGAGGCCUCUGAGAUCCAAGCGAUCUGGAAGCCUGGAAAGGGGCAAGGAAGUGCAACAAAUUGUCGCUCCAAUCACGUCGGAUGAGCCCAUAGUAGAGCCAGAACCAGAACCAGAACCAGAAUUUUCCAUCAGUGAAGACAGCAUUCCGAAAGUGAAACCCAAAGUGACGGUCCUGCAACGCCUGAGAAAUCUCUUCAAGCGAAAGCAGAAGGCGGAGACUGUGGCAAGGAUUGCCGAACAAGAUUUGGCCACAGUCCCGCUGCCCGACAAGAUAAUUUCGCGUCCGUUUGUAUUUCACUUCUGGCUGGAGGCACGGCACGAGUGGCGACGCCUCAAGAUGGACUAUCCGCGGCGCAUGGAGGAGCUGCGAUUCCUGCGAAACACCUGCGUCUCCCACUGCAUUUGCCUGGCCCUUCUGCUGGGCUUCGGUGGACUGAUGUUCCGCUACACGGAGGGAGCAUCCGAGAACAUCUACAAGUGCGAGGUGCGCAAGGUCAAGCGGGAUUUCAUCGACAACCUGUGGGUCGUCAGCCACAACAUGAGAGAGGAUGACUGGAAGUCCAUGGCCCGCCAGAAGCUGCGCAAAUUCGAGGACGAGCUGAAUACGCUGGCCGAGAUGGGUCUGCGUCGGUAUCCGGGUCAGAAGUCGUGGAACUUUGUCAAUUGCUUUAUCUACUGUUGGACCGUAAUCACGACCAUAGGUUACGGCCACAUAACACCCAAGACAAGGCUGGGACGCUCCCUGACUAUCAUCUAUGCCAUCAUCGGCAUUCCCAUGUUCCUGAUCGUGUUGGCCGAUCUGGGGAAGCUCUUCACGCGCUGCGUCAAGUUCCUCUGGGCCUAUGUGCGCCGUGUGUACUACACUCGCUCCUGCCGCCGCAUUCGGAAACAGCAGCAGAUUCGUGACGCGAUGACCGGCUUCAAUACGGUCUACGACAUGGCCAUGCGGCGGCCCAGCAUGUUCUUCGGCAAGUCGGCGGAGGAGGAGGCCGAGUCACAGCCAGAUGCCGAGGCAGGCAGGUCGUUGGGCACAUCGCACCCGGAGACACCCACAUCGCCGUAUCCGGAAACCUACGAGGUGGACGAUGAGUUCAAUCUGCCCGUUUCGGUGGCCUCCCUGCUGCUCAUCUCCUACAUCCUGCUGGGCACGGCCGGCUACGUGAUGGUAGAGUCCGACUGGGAAUUGCUGGACUCUUUCUACUAUGUCUUUAUCUCGAUGUCCACCAUCGGAUUUGGCGACCUGGUGCCCAGCAAUCCCUUCUAUGUGAUGGUCAGCAUGAUAUACCUGAUUUUCGGCCUGGCCCUCACCUCCAUGUUCAUUAACGUGGUGCAGAUCAAGCUGAGCGACCACUUCAAGCGGGCAAGCGCCAAAGUGGGAGCCACAAUCGGCAUGGGCAUGGCCAGCGAGUUCGGGGACGAGGGCGGCAGCCAGCUGAAGACCCCCUCGGAGCUUGCUUCGGUGCACGGCUCGCGACUGGACCGCAUCGAGGAGGAUGGCCAGGAGCCAUCACUGGCUUUGAAUGGCUCCGGAACCAGUCCGACGCCCCUGACAUCCAUCCUGCGUACACCACGGCCACUGUCGCCAAUGGAUUUUAAUGGAGGACAGACUGUGGACGUCAGCUCUCAGCCACCGCCGCUGAUGCCCAAGCGUCAGGUGUCUGUGGAUCCACCGCCGCCAUCGGAAGGGGAGAAGAAGAAGAAGAAGCACAGAUUCUUCUAGAACUAAUCGUAAAAGUUCUGAGAUCGUGAGAGUCGCCGGAACCCAACCUCCCUAACACCUCAUAAAUGACAAGGAAAUUUCAAUCGAAUUAACAGUUACAUUACAGACACAUUUUUAUGAAUUUGUUAUUUAAUUGUAGUUCCCAUCAAUUUAGGCUAAGAUUAAUGUUAAUAUUAUAAACAACAGGAGUUGCCAAAAUA